UCUGACAGCGUUGAGUAGACGGAGCAGACACGCUGGUUCUGGACUAUACAGUUGACCUAGAAUGGCACAGAACGGAACAACAGAGAACGGAGUGGCCGACGGGAUUCCAGCUUUGCCUUUUCCUCAGCCUGUCAAAGUCCAGGAGGUCAGACACACGAAGAUUUUUAUCGGCAAUGAAUGGCACACAUCCAGCCGAGGAAGGACCUUUCCGACGUUCAACCCGGCCACAUGUGUCAAGAUUUGUGAUGUUGAGGAAGCAGACAAGGAAGAUGUGGACAAGGCGGUGGAGGCAGCAAAGGCGGCCGGGCAGAGAGGCUCUCUGUGGCGGAGAAUGGACGCAUCCAGCCGCGGGAGGUUGCUGCAUACCCUGGCAGACCUGAUGGAGAGGGACCGGCUCCUGCUGGCGGUGGGAUCAUUGCCUACCCUGGAGACUCUGGACACAGGGAAGCCCUUCCUGCAGGCUUUCUUCAUCGACCUGGAGGGCAGCAUCAAAACCCUUCGUUACUACGCGGGCUGGGCUGACAAGAUCCAUGGCAAGAGUCUGCCUGUAGAUGAAAGUUUUGUGUGUUUAACCAAACACGAGCCCAUUGGCGUAUGUGGAGCCAUCAUUCCAUGGAACUUUCCUCUGCUGAUGUUCAUGUGGAAGAUAGCGCCGGCCCUGAGCUGUGGAAACACUGUGGUCAUCAAGCCUGCAGAGCAAACCCCCCUUACGGCCCUCCACGUUGGAUCACUUAUCAAUGAGGGUAUCACAUCACUGGGGAUUCCCCACACUAACAUGUCUGGGUUGCCAUCUCAGGCAGGUUUCCCUCCUGGAGUUGUGAACAUCGUUCCAGGGUUUGGUCUCACGGCUGGAGCAGCCAUUGCCAGCCACAUGGACAUCAACAAGGUGGCCUUCACUGGUUCUACAGAGGUCGGCCAGCUGAUUAAAGAAGCGGCAGCCAAAAGUAACCUGAAAAGAGUUACUCUGGAGCUGGGAGGGAAGAACCCCUGCAUUGUGUUUGCUGACUGUGACUUGCAGCUGGCUGUGGAGGAAACCCAGAAGGGAGCUUUUUAUAACCAGGGUCAGUGCUGCACGGCUGCAUCUCGUGUAUUUGUGGAGAAAAGUAUUUAUGAAGAGUUUGUGCGUCGCAGCAUAGAAAAUGCCAAGAGGAUCGUCACAGGAGACCCAUUGGACCCCCAGACAUCACACGGGCCACAGAUCGACCGAAAGCAGUUUGACAAGAUUAUGGAUCUGAUAGAGAGUGGGAAGAAGGAGGGAGCCAGGCUGGAGUAUGGAGGAGCAGCUGUGGGCGAGAAGAGCCUCUUCAUUGAACCCACCAUUUUCUCAGAGGUCAAGGACCACAUGCGCAUCGCCAAGGAAGAGAUAUUUGGUCCCGUGCAGUGUAUAUUCAGCUUUGAGAGCCAGCAGGAGGUCAUAGAGAGAGCAAACAGCUCAAAAUAUGGCCUGGUGUCAGCAGUCUUCACAACGAGCAUGGACAGAGCUAUGUCUGUGUCUGCAGCCCUGGAGACUGGCACUGUCUGGAUAAACUGCUAUAACGCCCUUCAUGCCCAGACUCCCUUUGGAGGGUACAAGAUGUCAGGCAACGGACGAGAGCUUGGAAAGUACGCCCUGGCUGAAUACUCGGAGGUGAAAGCAGUUACCAUAAAACUGAGUAAAACUCUGUGAGAAGAAUCAGGACAGUCCAUCGCUCUGCACGUCCCAUUCCAUCAGGCCACAAUCACAAUCUUUACAACCCAUGCCCUCCCUUUGUCUUGAGUUAUGCUUGUGAUGUUGAGAAGGUUAGGCCAACGUGUCAGUUGGUCUAUAAAAUGUAUCAGCGCCCAAAAUGUCAUGUCGAUGGUACAGUUGUUGUAUGGGGGGGAGAUGGUAACCCCUGUCUCUGUUUAAAGAUGCUCUCUGGUGUCAGUAACCUCUUCCACUGGCUGCUGUGAGAGCUUUUGGUCUGGCAUUCACAGAAAGCUGACGUUAUCUAUUCCUGCUCUUCAUUGCGUCUAUGUUUAGGGUCCUUGCUCUUUGUACAUCCUUUGUUAUGUUUCCUGAAAAGUGUUUUCCUGACUCUGUGACUCUCUCUUUGAACAAAGAUGGGGUGGCUGUCUCGUCUCCAUAUGCAACCACCUAUUAUCAAGUGAUAAAAAUUCCAUUUGACAACAAAUGAACCAUCUCCAUGACAACACGGAAGAAACUUCACCAGCUUAUGAAGCCAAUGAGUUGGAGACCCACGGAUCACCUUCAGUGUCCCAGAAAAAGUAGUAUAAGGAAAUGAGAGGAUGUCUCUGGGGUUGUUUUCUGUCUUGUCCAUCAACCGAUGAGAGUUCAGAAUACUCCAGUGGUUAUAAUGAUACAAAUUUGCAUGUCUAGUUUGGUCCUUAAAGCAAAUUAUAUGCUGAUUAUAUGACAAAUAUAAAUGCACAAAAUAUAGCGACAAAUUAGUAUGACAGAAUUCUAGGGGUAAUAUAACACAGGUUUCUUCCGGUCACGUUAGGGUCAAUUGCUGAGCUAAAGUAAGCCAAAGGUGAAAGCCUGGGACUCUCCAGAACAGCAGGUCACACUCUGUCUCACCUCUCUGCCUGCUCGAGUCGACUGACUGACGCAGCUGUCUUGAAAAAGAUGCUCUCUGUGAUCCAUCUCCAACCUAUAUAACCCAGGGUCAAGACUGGGUUAUGAGUUGUAUGUGGCUUGAAUGCCACAUAAUGUGACUUAGGUUAACAUAGGUAAGCAUAGUGUCUUGUUUUGAAUCAAUAUCCCAUGGAAUCUCACACAUUAACCUUAUUUGGACACUUGAUGAAUCUCUGUAGGUCUAGGAGGGGGAAAUAAUCCCAGAUAUGAAGUGUCCUUCAGAUUAGGUUGUGGUACUGCAUUGUAUUCUCACUCUGUAUCGCUUUUGCCAGUCUCCCUGGACAGGCUUCAAUAAACAAUGCUUUGUAAGACAUCCUGAGAUUUCCUGAGACCUCCUAAGAAUUUCCAAAACAAUCAGCAAAGAUAGGGUUUUACAUUUGAAUUCCACCAGUUGUGUGCGUUCGUCAGUCUCCCUACAUGGGACAAUGAGGGAUGGUCAGAAAUGAAAACUGUUUUUUUAUCGUUGAGUAGCUGAUGCAUUGUUUCUAACCUGUUGUGAUCUAAUAUGAAUGUUCUCUCUCCUGAGGAGAAUGUACCUUCCCUUUCAAAUGUUGGAAGGAACUCCAUUUCCUGUCCCAGAUAAGGUAACAUUUACCUUGCCAGUAACAUGUUAGUACUGUAACAGCAGCGAUGUUAUUAUUGCACAGAUAGUUGUGUGUUUAUUAUCACACAUGGGAAACAAGUCUGUCUCUCCAUUUUUCUCACAUUAGUUUUGUAUUUAAAUAGAAAUUAUGAAUAAAGAAAAUUGAAUACA